AUGGGUAGCUUAUCUUCAAGCUGGCGCCGGAGCCGUCCGGGAACCUUGAUCAGCUCAAGUUUUCUUUCUGUUAUUCAGAAAUUUGUCUCAAAUACAAGAACCAUAGAAUGUAAAAUAUUAAGUUUUAUGUAUGUUUAUCUUCCAGGCUAUGUGAUUAUAAGCCUUCAAGUUCUAUUAUCAACUAGGAUGCAGUUUGAGUAUUUUAAGAUGGCAUAUGAUACAUUGCACUUGUCACUGAUGGACUCCUUCUAUCAUCAUUAUUUUUCACUAAUACAAUCAACAUUUGACAAUCUCAACCUGUUAUUGGAUGGUCUACCUGGAGCCUUUGUUACUGCACUUCUUCUGGGGGCACAGGAAUUAGGCUACAUCUUAGUAGCAAAGAGCACAGGAGUUAAGCUUGGUGUUCCAUUCUUUGUUCCCAGUUGGCAGAUAGGCUCUUUUGGUGCCAUAACAAGGAUCAAAACUAUUGUUCCCAAGCGUGAAGACCUUCUGAAGGUUGCAGCAGCUGGACCUUUAGCUGGCUUUUCCUUGGGUUUUGCCCUAUUCCUUCUAGGCUUCUUCUUGCCACCGAGCGAUGGUAUUGGAGUUGUUGUUAAUGCUUCUGUGUUUCACGAAUCAUUUCUUGCUGGGGGUGUAGCAAAGCUUCUUCUAGGUGAUGUACUGAAGGAAGGCACUCCUAUAUCAGUUAACCCACUUGUAAUUUGGUCAUGGGCUGGACUUUUCAUCAAUGCCAUCAACAGCAUCACUGCAGGUGAGCUAGAUGGAAGGCGAAUCUCCCUUGCAAUAUGGGGAAGAAAGGCUUCAUCUCGCUUCACAUCAAUCUCCAUUGGGCUACUUAGACUCUCUUCAUUGUUCAAUGAUGUGGCAUUUUACUGGGUUGUUCUCAUAUUUUUCUUGGAGAGGGGGCCAAUUGCUCCACUCUCUGAGGAAAUCACUGAUCCUGAUGACAAGUAUAUUGCCCUUGGAGUUUUAGUUUUGAUCUUAGGAUUGCUUGUAUGUUUACCAUAUCCAUUCCCUUUCACAUAUGACUCCUUUAAUACAGAUUUUCAGUGAUAAUACACGAUCAGACCUGCCUUGGAGUCCUUUCUUUGGAUGAUUUUCAGAGGAAAUGGCUGUCAUUACAAAUUGAUAGUGAUAUACAAAAUUACAAAUUGUCUUGUAAAGUGGCUGUCAUUACAUGAUAGUGGUAUAGAAUGAAUAAUUUUGAUAUUGAUGGAUGGUUAUUUCUGAAUUGUAUUUCACAAUGGCGGAUCUUGACGGUUGAUUUCGGAUUCAAUCAAUAUUAUACUGGAUAACUUUGCAAGACAGAAUCUUCAUUUAGGCUAACAGACAAAUUGUCUGAUUGCCUGGUCAAAGGCUUAAAAAAAAUAGAUAGCCAGCCAUGGGAAAGGGACAGUGAAUGUUGCUCUUAAAUAAUCAAUGGUGAAGAAAAAUGUAAAAUCAAGUGACCUUUG